GAGCCUGUCAAAAGGUUACGCAAUCAGCCCACCACACUGAGGCAGCACAGACCUCCAGUGUGCUGUAGGGCAUGAGUGUGUGUGCGUGUGUGUAUGUUUGAGUGCGUGUGUGUGUGUGUGUGUGUUUGAGUGUGAAUGGAUAAAGGGGGCGUUUCUUCAGCGAGAGGCAAAGCAGAGGGAAAAUCUCAAUGUAGGCUGCGCCAGAGUUUUGAGUUUCUUCUAUCUCCGCCCCUCAAUGCAUGUUAUAUAGUGAAACCUGAAACGGUGGCCGGCCCGCAUACGACAGCCCCGCUCUCUUCCUUGAAGGCUGCCGUCUGUCAACAUUAUGAAAGGUGAAAAACGAGAUGCAGAAAACACGUCCAAGGCGGAGCCAUCCAACGGUCACGGCAGGCCGCUGGACAUCGUCCCCAGCGCGGAGGAGAAGAUGAUGGACAGGGGCCAGUGGGGCAACAAGAUCGAGUUUGUCCUGUCUGUCGCCGGGGAAAUUAUUGGUCUGGGUAACGUCUGGCGCUUCCCCUACCUCUGCUACAAGAACGGAGGAGGGGCUUUUUUUAUUCCAUACCUCAUCUUCCUGUUUGCUUGUGGCAUCCCCGUGUUCCUCCUGGAGACUUCUUUGGGACAGUACACCAGUGAGGGCGGCAUCACUUGCUGGCGGAAAAUUUGCCCAUUAUUUGAAGGAGUGGGUUAUGCCACCCAGGUGAUUGUCGCUCUCCUGAACAUCUACUACAUUGUUGUGCUGGCCUGGGCCUUAUUCUUUCUCUUCAACUCGUUCACCUGGGAUCUGCCCUGGGCGUCUUGCAACAACACGUGGAACACAGAUUCCUGUAUGGCAUUUCAGAGGGGAAACGGCUCCGUCAAUCACCAUGAGAACGCCACCUCUCCCGUCAUUGAGUUUUGGGAGCGCAGAGUCCUGAGAAUUUCCUCUGGCAUUGACCACAUUGGCGCGCUGAACUGGGAUCUGGUCGCCUGCUUGGCCGUCGCGUGGGUCAUCUGCUACUUCUGCAUCUGGAAGGGAGUCAAAUCAACUGGGAAGGUGGUUUACUUCACGGCUACGUUCCCAUACAUCAUGCUGCUGGUCCUACUGAUCAGAGGAGUCACUUUGCCCGGAGCCUUGAGGGGAAUCCACUUCUACCUUUACCCCGAUUUGGGACGACUGUCUGAUCCCCAGGUCUGGAUGGAUGCUGGAACGCAGAUCUUUUUCUCAUAUGCCAUCUGCCUGGGCUGCCUUACAGCCUUAGGAAGCUACAACAAAUACAACAACAACUGCUACAGGGACUGCGUGUGUCUCUGUUUCCUGAACAGCGGCACAAGUUUUCUCGCCGGCUUUGCCAUCUUCUCCAUUUUGGGUUUCAUGUCCUUUGAGCAAAACGUGCCGAUCUCAGAAGUGGCCGAAUCUGGUCCCGGUUUGGCCUUCAUAGCAUAUCCUCGCGCUGUCACCAUGAUGCCUGUUUCCCCUCUCUGGGCCUGCUGUUUCUUCGUAAUGAUUGUGUUCCUGGGACUGGACAGUCAGUUCGUGUGCGUGGAGAGCUUGGUGACGGCCAUGGUGGACAUGUAUCCCUCCGUCUUCCGCCGCAAAAACCGCAGGGAGCUCUUCAUCCUGGCGGUAGCUGUGGUGUCCUUCCUUUUGGGACUCAUCAUGCUGACAGAGGGAGGCAUGUACAUCUUCCAGCUGUUCGACUACUACGCAGCCAGCGGGAUGUGCCUUCUUUUCGUGGCUGUUUUUGAGACUGUUUGCAUUGCCUGGGUUUACGGUGCUGAUCGUUACUAUGACAACAUAGAGGACAUGAUCGGGUACCGUCCUGGACCCGUCAUUAAAUUCUGCUGGCUCUUCUUCACCCCGGCAACGUGCUUUGGAACCUUUGCCUUUGCCUUGAUCAAGUACUCACCUCUGAAGUACAACAAUGAAUACGUGUACCCAGUAUGGGGCGACGGAAUUGGCUGGGUUCUGGCUCUGUCCUCCAUGCUCUGCAUCCCUCUGUGGGCGGCAGGGAAACUCUACUGCACACCAGGAACACUUAAAGAACGCCUCAUUCUUCUCACCACUCCUUCCACUGACUUACCAAUGACGAAGCAGCAGCAAGAGAGGCUGAUGGGCGUCCAACCUGGAGACGGCGACAAGCCCCAGCAGAAAGCUCCUCCCACCAGAGACGGCUACUUCGCUGUAGAUGAAAAGGAGUCUCACUGCUAGAGACCGUUUCUUUCUUUCUUCCUUUCUCUCUCUCUCUCUUCCUCUCUCUCUCCCUCCCCCCUUACCUCAGGUGAAGACUUUCAGAGCCACCGCACCUGUAACUGCACCUCUUGCUACUGGAUCUUCCUCCCUCGUUCCCCGGUGCCUUGAACAAAACAUUCCCCAUCCUCUUUGGGAGAGCGUGUUAACAUCUCAUUUGCCCAUGGCAGAGUAAUGUGUACAUUUGAAAAUGUGACCACUAUAGGUUCUCAGUGGCAAAGAAAUUUGCUUUCUAAGGAAGCCUUUUCGCCUGUUAUGGACAUCUGUAAUGUUCAGUUAGUUUGACGCGACGUUUCGGUAACUUUCGUUAAUUUUUAACGGCCUGGCCUGCAGCAGACGGAGCACAAGAAGUGUCCCGACACUUGACUGCAGCGUUCAUGAAAAGCUAACUUGAAUAAUAUUGUUGACUUUUUAAUUGCAUUUUUUUUAUUAUUAUUAUUAUUAUUAAUGCAAUAUAUACAUAUGCUUUGGAUACAGUUCUGCAGGGAUGACUUCUGUCAUCUCUGCUGGUUCGUACACUAUCUUGAAAAAGUUUGAAAAGCCUGGAAACCUGGAAUUAUGGGGAAAAAGAUCAUUCUUUUGAAAAUAUGGUUUAAGUUUGCAGACUUUAUUUCUUAUCGUACCUUUUUCUAGUAAACAAAUGGAAAUUUCUAUAAUCAACAUGAUUUUUUACUCUGUUUUAUAUUUGAAUAAUACACUUUAUGUUUUAUCUGUGAUUUUCCACAUUGGAUAUUAAAUUCAAGAUGUUCGCCAUCACCGACUUGCUAAGGAAAAAUAAAAAAAACAGACAUUUCACUGCUUCUUCACUGAAGGCCAAAAGUGUCACAUUUAAUGCCACAGUAAGCCUUAAGCAAAUAUUUGUGUAUGUGGCCAUUUAAAUAAAUAACAAUACAGGACAAUACAAAAUAAAUAAAUACAUUUCAGCAAUAAUUAAAUGUUUCUGGAUUACAGGAAUAGACAACUGCAUUUGUGUAUGUAUAUAGUAUAUAUAGCCUACAUACACUAUAUUUCAAAAGUGUAUGUGCUGAAGUAUUUAUUUUCUUUCCUGUCAACCUGAUCAAUCAAUAAUCAGUGAAUUAAAUAAAUUCGCUGAUUAUUGAUUAGGAAUUUAAAAUAUGAUGAAAGAAAAUAUGAAAAAAAUUAGAAAUUUCAAGAUGCAUGUUGUCUCGUAAAUUCUAUUUUUAUUUAAAUAAUGGCAUGAAUAGCCAUGUCUACGUCCGCUGAUCUAUGCAGGCAAGUUCUUCUCAUUCAAGUCGCUUUUGAUGUCAAACAUUAAAGAAUCGGAGUAGAAUAAAAAAAAAAAAAAAAAAAAGGCAAUGGAAAAGACCUUUAAAGUGUCAAAACAAAAAAAUCAGGAGCCAACAUCAGUGUUGUAGUUUUUUUAUGCUUUGUGGAAAAAACCCCCCACCUGAUUACUGUGCAGGUGUUUUUGAAAUGAUUGUAUUGCACUCCAAUGUCCAAAAUGUUCUAAAUGUAAACUUGUGAGCCUAAAAAGUGGAAAUCUGGGAAGGAACCCUUUAUUUCAACACUCUGAAUAAUGCACACUUUUUUUUCUUUUUCUUUCUUUCUUUCUUUUUUUACUGAAGUAUAUUAAUAAGUGCUGCUUGAGAGAACUUGAGGUGAGGAAUGUAGCUCAAAGGACCAAUCAGAUAAGCUGUUUUGUUUUUGUGUCCCAUUGUAAUACUUUGGGAUUACAAUUUAAUUUUUCACCUGCUUUAUUAAACUUUUGCAGAGUUGCAUGGUUAUUUUGUUUGUCUUUUUUUUAUCGUUUCCUUUUACUUUUGAUAUUGACACAGUUUUAACUUAGCCGGGGUUGUCUUGUAUCUAAUAUACAGUUGUUUUUAUGCCAUUAAAAUGCAAAGGUUCUUAAACACGGUGUUGAACUGGGAAAGCUGGUUGAUAUGUUUCUUGAAAAAAAAAAGCCUUAUUUGACUUCUCUUUCUGGUGCACACGAGAAUCCUCAGACUUGGUUCGUUCACAUGUGGGAAUGAAUGUACGAUAACUGAUUACUAUACAGAACAAUUUAUACAACUUUUCUAUUGUGAAAUAUGUUUUUAUGACUGAUUAAUAUCACCUUAAUUUUGAAGCAGUGCUUUCAGUUUUUUGUGGGAUGUUAUUCAUUUUAUCUUACCUGAUUUCAUAUAAUGUUUUGGUAUAUAUAUAAAUAAAGAUAAUAAAACAA